UCCUUGUUUUUUCUCUACGUCUCAACUCUCAACAACAAAUAAAUACCUAACAAAAGGGCGAGAAUUUGAAAAUCCCAUGCAAAGAAAAGAACAAGAGAAACAGAGGAAGAGAAAAUAUCUCUUCUCUUUUCUCAGUUGACAGUUCUGUCUUGUGUUUUGUUUCUGUUCACUGUUUCGGACGGAAACCCCAAUCCAUUUGUCUCAAAACUAAACAAGAACAUAAGUGAGAAGGCAAAGGCUAAAAGAAAGAAAAUUGGAAAGAGAGAGUGAGGAAAAAAACCCAUUUUUGGGAGCAAAAAAUUAUAGGAAACAGGGCAAAAACAGAGUAAAAGUGGAGAGAAAGUGAAGGAAAAAGAAGAAAAGGGGAAAGAUGGGCAUUUUAAGAGAAGAUGUUGUAGUGAUAAGUCCGGCAGAGAAAGCAGGGGAUCCCACUGUUAUAACAGUGAAUUGCCCUGAUAAAACCGGGCUAGGCUGUGAUUUGUGUAGGAUUAUUUUACUCUUUGGGUUAAGCAUUGCUAGAGGAGAUUUUUCAACAGAUGGGAAAUGGUGCUACGUAGUGCUUUGGGUGGUUGGGAACAUAAACACAAGGUGGGAUUUGCUGGAAAAAAGGCUACUAGAAGUGUGUCCAUCGUAUUUCUCGACAUCUGGGAUUGACUAUUACCGGCCUGCAAACCAGCAGCCAAAGAAAUUGGAUGUGUUUCUUCUGAAGUUUUGGUGUUCUUGUGAUAGGAAAGGACUAUUACAUGAUGUAACUCGGGUCCUUUUUGAGCUGGAGCUUACAAUAAAGAGAGUGAAGGUUUCUACUACUCCAGAUGGAAAAGUGAUGGACCUCUUUUUCAUCACUGAUACCAGGGAACUUCUUCAUAUGAAAGAACGUCAGGGUGAAACAAUUCUUCACUUGAAAACUGCACUAGGUGAUAUAUUGGAAAGUUGUGAGAUCGAAUCAGCUGGCCCAGAAAUAACUGCAUGUUCACAAGGCACUUCAUUCCUUCCUUCUGCAAUCACCGAAGACAUGUUCAGUUUAGAGCUGCUUGCACGAUAUCCCAGUGGAUUACUUACUUCAAACCCUAUAUCGAUUACAGUGGACAACAACCUUAGCCCCUCCCACACGCUUAUUCAAGUCCUCUGCCAGGAUCACAAAGGUCUAAUUUAUGAUAUCAUGAGAACCCUAAAGGACUACAACAUCCAGGUUUCUUAUGGACGAUUCUUUGCAAACCAAAAAGGUGGCUGUGAGUUGGACUUGUUCAUAGUGCAAGCCGAUGGUAAGAAGAUUGUUGACCGCAAUAAGCAAAAUGCAUUAUGCUCUCGUUUGAGGAUGGAGCUUUGGCGUCCUCUUAGAGUGGCUGUGGUAAGCCGGGGCCCUGAUACUGAGCUACUAGUAGCAAACCCUGUUGAAUUGUCUGGCAGAGGCCGGCCUCUUGUUUUCCAUGACAUAACCCUUGCUCUCAAGAAUCUUAGCAUCCAGAUCUUUUCGGUUGAGAUAGGGAGACACAUGAUCUGCGAUCGGGAAUGGGAAGUAUAUAGGAUCCUACUCGACGAAGGAGAUAGUAUUCGUGUUCCCGGGAAUAUGAUCGAAGAGGGUGUUAGAAAAAUAUUAAUGGGUUGGGAAUAGUUUAAGAUCACUAACCGUGUCAAAAGGCCUCUAAGGUCUCCACAGUCACUGUACAGCACAUCUUUUUUUUUUUUGUUUGUCUUUUGACUAGAUACCAACUGUAAAUUGUAAAGUUGCCUUAAAAGGAAAAUGAAAAGAUGUUUGA